CCCAACCCCUGAGAUCGUCAAUUGACGGCAGUCUGUCGAACUGAAGCACUUCAGCAGAAAAGCACGACUGAACGAGACGUGCGCAGCCGUUACCUUCCCACACAGCGCCAGCUGCGCCUCCGGCAUCCGCGGCUCCGCCCUCCGUCCCUGCUUGCUCGGCUACUCGGCUGCUCGCUGAAUCGCGGCCUGACUGCGUACGCUGGUUUCCGAUUUGCAGAGAUGUGAAUAGAGUUGUGAUCAGGGUCCCAAACCAAUCAGAGUCCUUCCUAGGCGUAGAAGAGGGGGCAAGCCAACUGCAAAUCAGAUUUUUGAGGAGCAGAGUUCUCCAUCAAUGGAUUCUUUGAAGUGAUACUUAGUGGAAAGCUCAGAAGAUAUGAGGAAGAAUAGAUUGAUUUCAGCUAUUCAGAGAGCUCAAUCAAAAUAUUCUGUCUAUGUCAAUCCAGUGAUUUGGGCUGCCAAUCCUUCUCAGCUGAAUGGUUGUCCUUUCAGCAAGUAUGGCGAAAUUCCUAGCAUUUCCGUUCAGAUGAGAUGGCAAAUCGGCCACGGUCACUGUAACUUAUCAAGCCAGCCCAAUUAUGGAAUUAACAAAGACCGUUUGGUAGAAAUCCUCUUAAGCCAUAGGGAUGACCCUGAAUCCGCAUUUGAGCAAUUCAAAGUUGCUAUGGAGCAUUUGGAUAUUCAGAGGUGGGUCGGGGAGCCUUUCUGUGUUUUGCUUUACAUUUUGGCAAGUUCCUCGAAGCACCAGAAUAUGGCUAGAAGUUUGAUUUCAAAACGGGUGCUUGGAGAUUCUAAUCUGCCUUAUUAUGCUCUAUUCGAUAGUCUUGCUGGUUGUGCUAAAAGAUUCAAUUUUGAGUUAAGCCCAUUGGUUUUUAAUGGUGUGCUAUAUAGCUUUGUUAAAGCUGGUCGUGUCAGAGAUGCUGUUGAUUGCUUUAAAGCUGUGAUGGGUCAUGAUAUACUGAUUCAGCCCUUCCUUGUAGGUAAAGUCUUAAAGACAUUAGUCAAGAAUAAAAUGAUCCUGGAAGCUAAAGAUCUGUAUAAUGAUGCAGCCUCUAGAGGGAUCGCAUAUGGUAAUUUUACUGUGCGUUUAAUGAUGUGUGUUUGUUUAAAAGAAGGGGAUAUGGAGCUGGCUGAGAGGUACUUUUUAGAGGCUAAGGCUAGUGGUGUGCCACUGAACGCCGCAACCUUCAGUGUUGCUGUACACACUACUUGUAAAUUGGGAAAGGUGAAUGCUGCAAUUGCAUUGCUGGAUGAGAUGAAGGAGAAGGGUUGGGUGCCUUCUGAGGGAACAUAUGUGAAUGUAAUUUCUGCUUGUGUGAAGCAAAGAAAUAUGUUUGAUUAUGCAUUACGGCUUAAAGAUGAGAUGGUUAGGUAUGGCCGAUCUGAAGGAUUGGUGGUUAUGACGAGCCUAAUGAAGGGAUAUUGUGUGCAGGGUGAUGUAAGCAGUGCUUUGGGUUUGCUUGAUGAUCUUGUUAAAGAUGGACUACGUCCAACCAAAGUCACCUAUGCAGUUUUGAUUGAGGGCUGCUGUAAUAAGGAAGGGUAUAUUGAUAAGGCACUAAAGUUAUACACUCAAAUGAAACUUGAAGGUAUCAAGCCAUCUGUGUACAUUGAGAAUUCUUUAAUAAGAGGAUUCCUUAAAGAUAACUUAUUGGGCAAAGCAACUAAGCAGUUUGAGCUAGCGGUUGUGGCUGAUGUUGCCAAUGUAUUCACAUACAAUGUCAUGUUGUCUUGGUAUUGCAAAAAAGGUAAGACAAAAGAAGCAGAAAAUAUAUGGGACACAAUGGUGAAUAAGCGAAUUGUCCCCACUAUUGUCUCAUAUAACAACAUGAUCCUUCUUAACUGCAGAACUGGAAAUAUAGACAAAGCAUUAAGUUUACAUUCUGAGUUGCUACAUCAGAAUAUAAAAUCUAAUGUAUUCACAUAUACCAUUUUGAUUAAUGGGCAUUUCUAUAAAGGUGAUGCUGAUCUGGCACUAGAAACAUUUGACAAAAUGCUUACGUUAGGGAUUGUUCCAACUGAUUUCACAUUCAACUCCAUCAUCAAUGGUCUAUCUAAAGUUGGGAGAGCAUCUGAGGCAAAGACUAUGCUUCAGAUGUUCAUAGAGAAGGGUCUAUAUCCAAGCUGUAUGACUUACAACUUCAUUAUUAAUGGUUUUCUUAAAGAAGGUUCUGUCAGUUCAGCUAUAUCUGCUUAUACAGAGAUGUGCGACCAUGGGAUUUCCCCAAAUGUUGUCACUUAUACAUGUUUAAUAAAUGGAUUGUGCCAAAACAAUAACAUCGAUCUUGCUGCUAAACUGUUGAAUGAAAUGAAGGCCAAAGGUGUUAAAUUGGAUACUGUUACAUAUGGUGUCCUUAUUGAUGUCUUUUGUAAAAGAAGAGACAUGAAAAAUGCAAUGGAACUCUUUGAAGAACUUCUUGGAGUUGGUCUAUCACCCAACAUCAUUCUGUAUAACAGCAUGUUUAGUGGGUUCAGAAAUGUUAACAAUAUGAGAGCUGCACUGAUGUUGCAUAAACAAAUGAUAAAGGAGAGAAUCCCAUGUGAUUUGGAGACAUACACUACCUUGAUCGAUGGGCUGCUCAAGGAUGGGCAAAUACUUCUUGCAUCUAACCUUUACACAGAGAUGCUCUCGAAGGGCAUAACGCCUGAUGACAUUACAUACACUGUACUGGUACAAGGUCUUUGCAAUAAAAAGCAGGUGAUGAAUGCACAAAAGAUAUUGGAGGAAAUGUAUCAGAACAAGGUGACUCCUAAUGUUCUUAUUUACAACACUGUAAUUGCUGGAUACUUCAAGGAGGGAAAUAUCCAAGAAGCUUUUAGGUUGCAUGACGAGAUGCUUGAUCGAGGUCUUGUACCCGAUGACACAACUUACGAUAUUCUCGUCAGAGGAACAAGAGAUGGCAGUUCUGUGAUUGACACUUUAUCUAUCAACAACUCUGAAGGGUUAUGAGCUUUGUGAUCAAUAAUGGCAAUUAGCAGGAGGUUGGAGAUUCUUCAUCAUACCAGAGAAAACUGGAAGACUAAAUGCAUUCCUUACUGGAGAAAGAGGAUUAGCGAUAAUUUGAGUAUGUGAGCUCUUUUUCUCAUGGGCCUCCAAAGAUGAAUUUAUUCCAGCUCUCCAGUAUUCUGGAUCUCAUAUUUCUGAUUCGAGCGUGAUACAUCUCAGGCAAGGUCUCUUUCUUCUCUUUAGAUGGACCAAGAAAUUAGCAAGGCAUUCUUCUAAGAAACUCAUUGGUUUGUAAAAAACCAUUGAUAUUCUGGGUGAGAUUCUGUUGAAGCAAAGUUGAUGGAUUUUCGAGUUCAUAAGGAAUUUUCGGGGGAAAAGUCUUUUGGACAUUUUGAAACUGGAGAGAAGAGGUUUUUGUGCACUAUAUAUGUUUUCACUUCCAUGCUUGUACCUGUUCAGUCGAGGGGUGUUGAAGCUCUUUAUUCUUUCCAGGAGGUUGGGUUUGACUCAGCCAUUGAGGUUGCUCACAUAUAUAGGCGAAUCUAAUAAGUCGAAUGCCAGAUAUUGCUUUGCCAGCCAGAUCAUUGCAUCCUUGCAUUCAUCGGUAAAUUUAAUCGUGUUGAUUCGCAGAUGCUUAAUUCCAUUGCAGUAAUUGCAGACGCAGCAUAUAUUUAGUUCAACCUUAUGAAACGAUUGGAACGAGUCCCAUCAGCAAAUCCUUACUUAUUCGCAGCAUAUAUUUAGUUCAACCUUAUGAAAAGAUUGGAACGAGUCCCAUCAGCAAAUCCUUUCUUAUUUAUCAUUCAAGGUC